AUGGACACCCAAAAGGACGUUCAGCCCCCGAAGCAGCAGCCAAUGAUAUAUAUCUGCGGAGAAUGUCACACAGAAAAUGAAAUAAAAUCCAGGGAUCCAAUCAGAUGCAGAGAAUGUGGAUACAGAAUAAUGUACAAGAAAAGGACUAAAAGAUUGGUGGUUUUUGACGCUCGAUGAAACAUGGAAUUCAGAGGAUUAUCUUCAUUUGGAUUUGGAUUUGGUGUUAAUGUUGUAUAGCUUUUGAUUAGUGUACAUAUCUUUACAAAUACAAAUAACAUUUCAUUUUAAAAUCCAUCUUGUAUUUAGAUAUCUAUUUAAUAGUUCCUAUAAAGAAAAGUUUUUUGUUCAAUUACAUGAUUUAUAAUUUACUUUUAUUGUAUAUGUAAUCUGACACAGAGUGAAAGUUUAAAGUGCUUCC